GUCCUCCUGAUUUUUAACACCAGGCUAACAAGCUAAAACAACGUAGCUGCCGAUAAAGUUAGCAGAGUUGUUCCCAAGUGUUAUUUUAAGUAACUUUAACAGCUGAAAACUCAUUUUGUUGGUUACUUUUCGUCAUGGAGCCCUCCGAAAAGUUCCGCUCUCCCCACAACUUGUUUUGGUCCGUUUUCGUGGCAUAGCUGGAAAGCUAAAUCUGUCUGGUAAUAUUUGUUCGUUAGCUUAGCAUUGGUCUCCCCAACACAAAAAAGCCCAGCCUCCUCUGUGCCUUGUUGGACGGCAGAAGUUUGAAACUUCACUCCCUGGUUUUGUUGAUUGAAGACCCUCAAAAUGUCCAUUUUAGGAUUAAAAAAGAAACAACCCAAGACUUUCAAAGUCAAAGUUAUCACCAUGGAUGCUGAGAUGGAGUUCAGCUGUGAGGUGAAGUGGAAAGGUAAAGACCUGUUUGACUUGGUGUGUCGCACAGUCGGUUUGAGGGAGACCUGGUUCUUUGGACUCAGGUACACAAUAAAGGACACCUACGCCUGGCUGAAACAAGAGAAACGGGUCUUGGAUCAGGAGGUUCCCAAGGACUCGCCCAUAACAUUUCAUUUCCUGGCAAAAUUCUUCCCAGAGAAAGUAGAAGAAGAGUUAGUCCAAGAAAUCACUCAGCAUCUCUUCUUCUUACAGGUGAAAAAGCAGAUCUUAGAUGAAGAGAUUUUCUGUUCCCCUGAAGCUUCUGUUCUGCUGGCGUCAUAUGCUGUUCAAGCCAAGUAUGGUGACUACGACCCAAACUUUCACAAGCCGGGCUUUCUGGCACAAGAUGAACUUCUGCCAAAACGAGUUCUGAUGCAGUACCAAAUGACAGCUGACAUGUGGGAGGAGAAGAUCACAGCUUGGUACGCGGAGCACAGAGGCAUCGCCAGGGAUGAAGCUGAGAUGGAAUACCUAAAGAUUGCUCAAGACCUUGAGAUGUAUGGUGUCAGCUACUUUGCCAUCACUCAAAACAAGAGGGACACGGACCUGUUACUCGGAGUGGAUGCUCAGGGUCUUCACAUCUACAGCCCUAACAGCAAACUCAACCCUAACAAGUCGUUUCCUUGGAGCGGCAUCCGCAACAUCUCUUACAGCGAAAAGGAGUUCACAAUCAAACCACUCGACAAGAAGAAAGAUGUUUUCAAGUUCUACUCCUCUCAACUGCGCGUCAAUAAGCUGAUCCUGCAGUUGUGCAUCGGUAACCAUGAUCUGUUCAUGAGGAGGAGGAAGGUGGACUCCAUUGAAGUGCAGCAGAUGAAGGCUCAAGCAAAAGAAGAGAAGGCCCGCAAGAAGAUGGAGCGUCAAAUCCUGGCGAGAGAAAAACAGAUGAGGGAGGAAGCAGAACGAGCAAAAGAAGAGAUGGAACGAAGACUCUUCCAGCUGCAGGAUGAAGCACGACUGGCCAACGAGGCACUGCUGCGAUCUGAGGAGACGGCAGACCUGCUGGCAGAGAAGGCCCAGAUCGCAGAAGAGGAGGCCAAGCUGCUGGCCCACAAGGCUGCAGAGGCUGAGCAGGACAGGCAGAGGUUAGAGGUCACCGCCAUGAAAACGAAGGAGGAGAAAAGGCUGAUGGAGCAGAAGAUGAGGGAGGCAGAGCAGCUGGCCGUCAAACUGGUGGAGCAGUCUGAGAGGAGGUUGAAGGAGGCAGAUCACCUGAAACAGGACCUGACUGAGGCAAAGGAUGCUGAGCGGAGAGCCAAACAGAAGCUGCUGGAGAUCACUAAAACCACUUACCCUCUCAUAGCAGCUUACUCCGCUCCGCCCGCUCCUCCUGAAGCAGCUGACUUUGCUUUUGAAUCGACAUCUACGCGCGUCGACUUCAAGGACUCUGACAUGAAAAGGCUUUCUAUGGAGAUUGAGAGAGAGAGGCUGGAGUACAUGGAGAAGAGUAAACACCUGCAGGAUCAGCUGAAGGAGCUGAAGUCAGAGAUUGAGUCGCUGAAGCUUGAGGAGCAGCAGCAACAGGCCGGCGUCUACAGCCUCCACAAUGAGGCGAGGGGAUACGUCCAGGAGCCUGUCUACAUACCUCACAGCAACCGAAACUCUGCGUACAUGUCUCAGAUGGGCUUCUUUGAAGAAGUGUGAUCCUGCAGCCACAAGAGGAGGAAGACUUUAUGAGACAUCUCUAAAUGUUUGGUUGAUAUUUUACCUGAAUGAACCUACGAGACAGACACAUACAUACACCACCACUGUGUGCUUUUGGAAAGACUUUUAUAUGUAUCCUCAACAACAAACAGCCACAUGCCCGGCCGCCUGCUCAGGCUCAUGCUACGUUGUACCAUCUGUUACACUACAGCACCUUCCACAUUUCUUUUUCUAUAUAAUGAACACAUUACGUAAUGUGUGCCAUGUAUCUAACACUGAUUCAGGAUGUGGUGCUGAGGAUGGAUGUAUGAAUUCACUGGUAUAUUCUGCAGUUACAACGGUAUGACUAGUAUUUAAAAUAGUUUUUAUAAUCGGACGAUCUGCUUAAUGAGGUAGUUUAAGACAUCGUCACAUGCCAAUUCAUUAGACAUCAUCCAACCCUAGAAUGAAUGAGUUUUAAAUUGUUUUAUGUGGUUUUAAGGGAUAUAAUGGUCAGAUAUAGAAUAAUGCCUCAGUGACAUGUUAUAGAUUUAUGCAUUAACAACAUUUUGGGACAGCAUUUGAGUUUUAAUAUGUCAUGAACCGUCUUAAGGCAAAGCUCUUGCAUCAGGUGUAAUUAGUUAAAUUAUCUUUUCAGGUGGGGGACAAAUGUAAAAAAAAAAUUUGUAAAUGUGAAAAAAAAAAAAAAAAAUUGGUCUGUUUUUUUUCAAACCAGCAAAGUGUUUCUCAAAUUUGGCUUUUGACAUUAGCACUUCAGAAACCCAAUUAUACAGUAACCAAGCUAUUGUUAUUGUUACUUCGGACACAAAAAAAAAAUACACUGAAGAUAACUCUAACUAACAUUGCGCUAAUUUAGUAAUUUAUAAAACUGCAACUUUAACAUGCAGACGUGUGCAGGGUGCCUAGAUGUGACACUCCAUAAAGAUUUUGUUUUUCUUUUUUUCUUUUUGGUGUUUCAUUUCUAUUUGCUUGCUGUUUUUUGUUACUUUGUUCAAGAGCUGCCUUAUUGUGUAUCUAAUGCCUCAUCAUGGUAAUUAAUAGAAAUGCAGUAUAUAUAGUUUCAAGCUUGAACUCUGCCAUUUCAAGUUUUUGUAUGUUUUACUCUACUCUGAUGUGCCUUGAGGUUUAUUUUUUACCAUUUUGAUUUGAGUUGCAACGGUUUUUACUCGGGUGUUAUUGUGCUCAUUUGUCUUUAGCAUUAGGGUUCCUCCUUAAGUUUGGGAUUCAUUUCACAUCCUGACUUAAUUACAGAAUAACUGACUGACGACUUUCCUGAUUUCUCUUUGCUAAUGUAUUUCUCAGGGUUAGUGUUGGAGACAAUCACUGCAGGUAGAAUCUAGUUGUUUUUAUCCCCUGAGAUAUACAGUACGAUAUCCAUUAAUGUUAACUUUUUUUUUUUGAGCAUGAGUCCAAUAGUAAGGUUAUUAAGGUUAUUGCCGGCAGUGGGUGCGUUGCAUUUCACAAAUAUAGAGGUGGGUAACUUGAGUGAACUUUUAUUCUGCUGCUCUCCUCGUGACUUUUUUUCAGAAAGGGAGAGACUGGAUGCAAAAUGUUUAUUUGUAGCACCAUGUUAGAGACUGACUUCAUUAUAGACUGAACAUGAUUGGUUUAUUAUAACCCUCAUGACUGUGGUUGUAAACGAGCAAGGCUAACCCUGGUCUUGUGUAAAUGUUUAUUGUGUUAACGCAGGUGGAAAUGCUUCAGUUUGCAUCUUUUAUCCUUAUUUAUUUGUGCCUUAAAAAACACUAUCACCACACAUUUUCAUGAGGUGUAUCAUUGUGGGGGAACUUUUGUAUUUUAAUGUAUGUUUUAUUGUACUAUCAUCAUGGGAUUUUCCUGCCAAAUUUAAGUCCAGUGUUAAAAAAAAAACAAACAACUUUACAUCUAAGAACCCGAGAGGGACACGGUGACAUAAAUGUUACGGUUUCACAUGUACAACAAUGUUUUGUCAGUGAUUUGUAACCUUGAGUAUUUUUGUGUAUAUCAUUUCAUUACAACAG